UCCUCUCGCGGAAUCGUGCAUCACGGUGCCCCAGCAAAAUUCGCGAAAAUUGUCCAAAUGACGCAAAGACAAUUCCCCGAGCUGUGGAAAAACUGUCUAGCCCCCGUCAUUUUCAUUCUCAAGCGUUGAAUAAAUGCUCGGGACCUCGCUGGGACUGUUCAAUUCACCAGGUGUAUUUUCACAGUGUUGAGACCGCUGGGUGAAUACCACAAUUCCUGUAUCGAAGGAAAGUUGGCCUCCUCUGGCCAGUGUACGAGGCGUAUAGCAAUUUCAAACGGGGAUAUUGGUAUAAGAGCACAGGAACGGGGAGUUGCUCGAGAUAGUCCGGCAUAACGCACCACACCCAGUCUUACACAGCUACGGAGACAUGGAGAUACCGAUCAGAUUUAUUCUGUUGAUGUGUGUCGCUGAAGUGGUGAGGGGACAGUACAAUGAAGCGGAUAUCGGAGCUUUACGGCAGGGGCCGGGAGCCAGUACCAGAUUGACGGGGAGAUUUGCACCUAGGCAGAGCGUGAGGAUUGGCACUCCGGUGGUUAGCAGUAAAAUCCGACGGCCGAUACCUUUGAAAUCGCGCCCAGUGGCAGCGGAGCCCCUGGAGAUAUCCCCCUUCAACCUCCGGAACACGCGUCCAGUCUUCAUUCCGCCGACACGCGAGCCCUCGACCCCUCCCCCGCAGCCGCAGCAGGACCAGCCAGUGAAGCCAGUGAGCGAGGAGCACGAAGAGGAGCCCGAGGACGCAGCGCAGGCGAUCUCCAGCCUGGGCUCGAUCUCGCAGCCCUCAGCCCCCUACAUCCCCAGUUUCUUCUCUUCCCAGUCGACCCCUCGCCCCGAGCCGCAGAUAAUCCACUACCGCCCGACGGCGUCGCGACCCCCGCCCCCUCCCCAGCCGCAGCCCCUCCAGGAGCAGAACAUCUCGCCCGUUCAGUAUCGACCGCAGAAGCCCCUGAAGAUUCGCAAGCCCAUUGAGGAGGUCCACGAGGUGCGCGUUCCCAUAAAGCAAACGCAACUGGCGUCCAACAAAAAAACGACAAAGUCGGAGUAUCGGGGGAAGAAGCCGGUGGCUCAGGUGAUUCGAAGGUGGCGCGAGGACAACGAGGACGGCUCCAUCACCUGGGGAUUCGAGAACGACGACGGCUCCUUCAAGGAGGAGAUCAUCGGCGUCGACUGCAUAACCAGGGGAAAAUACGGUUACAUCGAUCCUGACGGCAUACGAAGGGAGUACACGUACGAGACUGGGAUAAAGUGCGACGCUGAUCAGGAGGACGAGGAGGAGCAGAAUGGAUUCGUUGAUUAUUCGGAGAAUAAACUAGUCCUACCCAGUGGCAAGACCAUCGAUCUGUCGAGCAUGGGGAAGAAACAGGCGCGCAGACCUGGGCCCAUUUACAGGAAUUGAAAUAUGACGGAGCUCUUCUGAUUUAUUAAUUAUUUGAUUAAGUAUUUUUAAUUGAAAGCAUGUAAAGUCUUUUGUACAAAAUGAAAAUGUGUCGAUAA